AUGGUGAACCCUCGAAGAACCGCACGUGGUGAUGACGUGAUUGCACGGACUGGGAUGCUAUCUGAUCUUGAUCUUCUCGACUGUCCCAUUUGCUUCCACCCUUUGGCCAGUCCUAUCUAUCAGUGUACGAACGGGCAUAUAAUAUGCUCGACUUGCCGUACUAAGCUCACGAGGGAUAAAUGUCCUUCUUGCACGUUGCCAAUUGGUAACAAUCGGUCUAGAAUAACAGAGAGACUCGUGGGAGCACUCUUUUUCCCAUGCAAAAACUCCGAGAAUGGCUGCAGACAGAAACUCUCUUAUGGCAAAGAUUUAGACGACCAUGAGAAGGAGUGUGAUGAGUAUAUGUGCUAUUGUCCAGUACCAUUUUGCGACUACGUUAGUUUCGAUAAGAAUCUCUUCAAUCAUUUCACUGUUUGGCACAAGGAUAGAUACUCAUCAAAGUUCAAGACCGGCCAGUACGUUGACGUUGACGUACAUGUAAUACCAUCAUAUAAUAGAUUCAUCAACAAGAUAGUUUUAAUCCUUCAGGAAUAUUAUAAUGAUCCAUUGGUUCUUCUUCAGUCCUUUAAUAGGAAAGACGGUUUGUGUGUGACCGUCAACUUACUCACAUGUCCUUCUACUCCUGGUAGUUUGAAAUUUGGCUUUGAUCUCAUCUACCGGAGGGGUUCUGAACAGAUUACUUUUGAAUCCGACGAGCUGACUAGGAUUCAAAGGGUGAGUUUCGAAGAACCUGUGCGGAACUACAUGUUUAUUCCUUACAGUGCCCUGGAUGAACGCUUGGUUGUGAAAAUGGAACUUCGCAUUCGCGAAGUAGGAUAUGAGGAAGAAGAAGAUGACGAAGAAGAAGAUGAUGAGUAG